CUCGGGACUGGGAGCAAGGGGUAGGCAGAAACGCCGGAGACAAAGAGGCAGACGAAGAGGGGCUCCCCUACGGCCAGGUCCACAGUCAGAGGACGAAUUUGGCCUCGCCCCAGCACAGCUGUCAAGAUCGGACCCUUCCUUUAGAGCAGACAGGACCACGUUUCAGAUGUUCGUGCCACCUCGGCAGAGGGAAAACACCAGAAAGGGUUUCAAUCCAAGUCUGGAUCACAGAAGGAGCUGGAUGUGGCUGAGUAUGCAGAUUGGGGACAAAACCAACAGCAGAGAAGGAUUGGCACAGCAGAGAAGAAAUCACACCAUAUCGGGCCACUCAGUGACUCUAGUAUGCCAUGUUUGUGUUUAUCUUGCAGUCUACCUCCUGAUCUGGAUACUAAGAAUCACUUGACGAUUACUUUGUCACCAUAAUGACCUCUAAAAACAGAACCAAUGAAAUCAUUAAAAAACUUAAAGCUAGCAAAAAACAUCUCCUGGAGGAGAUAAAUGAAAAGCGUGACUCCAACUGCUUUGUGGAAAGAAGCAAUCAAGUCAGUUUAUUGAGAGUUCAAAAGAGGCAUUUCAGUGGUGCCUACCAGUCCCUUACUCACACCCAAAUCAAAGAACCCGUUCCUGACAGUGGCAGGAGCUCCUGGGUCACACUGAGUCUCCUUGUUCACACAGAGAAAAAGCACUUUCCUGCAAAAAAUAAUGCCAUAUUUGGAUAAAGUGCAUCUCCAGAGACACACAGAAAUACAACCUCUUUGAUCCUUC